GCCUACAUCUUCAAUUCAAACCCUCGAAAACAUUAUUUUAAUCUUGGUUGAGUACUGUAAUGGCGUGCCCCGUAAUUCGACCCGGUCCAUAAAGCCCCAGAAAAACUCCCACCAUCAUCUCCAAACAAAGUCAUCGUCGUCAACAACUUCACUUCACACUUUCACCUGCAACUGCAAUCCUCUCUCUCUCUCUCUCUCUCUGCACACUUCUCUCCAUGGCAAGCGAGUCCAAGCGAAGCCUCCACAUCGCGAUGUUCCCGUGGCUCGCUCACGGCCACAUCACUCCCUUCCUCGAGCUCUCCAAGUUCCUCUCCCUCCAUGGCCACGCCGUCUCCUUCCUCUCCACCCCGAAGAACAUCUCUCGCCUCGCCCGCGCCCGCCCCGAACUCCCUCCCUCCAUCCGCCUCGUCUCCCUCCCCAUGCCGCACGUCUCCAACCUCCCGAGCUCAGCCGAGUCGACCUCCGACUUGGACAUCGACUCCGUCCCCUACCUCAAGAAGGCCUACGACCUGCUCGAGCCGGCCCUGACCCGAUUCCUCUCGGGCAGCGGCGUGGACUUCGUGAUCCACGACUUCGCCAGCUACUGGCUCCCAGGGGCUGCGGCUCCACUCGGGGUCGGCUCGGUGUUCUUCAGCACCAUCAACGCGACCUCGCUAGCUUUCCUCGGCCCGCCAUCGGAGCUCAUUAGCGGCCGCUGCAAUAAGCCGGAGGACCUGACUUGCGUGCCAGAGUGGAUCCCGUACGAGUCCACAGCUUGCUUCAGGCUCCACGAGGUGCUGAAGCACCAGCGAUGCAUGGACGAGGAGGUCUCCGAUUUCUGCAGGUUCGGCCACGUGAUUGAUGGCUGCGAUUUCGUGAUCGUGAGGAGCUGCCGUGAGUUCGAAUCGGAACCGUUGAGCUUGUUGCCAGAGAUUUUCCAGAAGCCCGUGAUUCCGAUCGGGCUAGUGACACCGGCUAUCCGAGAGGAGGUUGGAGACGACGAUGAGAAAUGGAAAGCCCUAAAAAGUUGGCUCGACACUAAGCGCGAGAAAUCUGUGCUUUAUGUCGCUCUGGGAACCGAAGUGAUUUUGAGUAGCGAGUUAAUGAACGAGUUAGCUUCCGGGAUUGAGAAAUCCGGGUUACCAUUCGUUUGGGUGGUUAGGAACUGCCCCAUCCCGGCCGGGUUCGAGGAGCGAGUCUCGGACCAAGGAUUCGUCUGGGCGGGUUGGGCCCCGCAGACUCGGAUCUUGGCCCACGAGGCGAUUGGCGGGUUCCUGACGCAUUGCGGCUGGAACUCGACGAUUGAGGCGCUGAGCCGCGGGCUGCCCCUAGUGCUGUUCUCCGGGGGUAGCUCGGACCAGGGCGUGAUGGCCCGGUUCCUGCACGAGAAGCGGGUGGGGUUCGAAGUGCCCAGGGACGAGGUGGACGGGUCGUUCAUGGGCGACGUGGUGGCUGAGUCAAUCCGGCGGGUCAUGGUGGAGCGCGAGGGCGAGCCGAUAAGGGCAACUGCAUGGGCCAUGAAGGAGGUGUUUGGCGACACGGAGCUGCAAAACAAGUACCUGGAGGAAUUCGCAGGGAUCUUAGAGAAAGGUGCCACUAAGGACCAAAAGAUGGUGAACUAAAUUUGCUAGACGAGUACUGCUAAGUAUAUCAAAUAUUGAAUAUGAAUCGAUUUAAGAUUUGUCACAUUCACCUUUUAGAUUGAUAUAUAUGAUAUUAACUUUAGCAUACCUAA